AUGAGAACGCUACAUUUUCUUCAUCCGACCAAGCCCAGGUCUCCUUCUUUGAGACCUACCAGGAGUGCUGGUAGCCCUUCUCAGAAUGCCGAUGUUAUCACAGGCAUCUCACUUUCUAAUGGCAGUUCUCCCUCACUGUCCCCUACAACGAGUGCUACCAAUAACGCCAAGAACUCGUUGGCCAUGGGUUCACCUCGUCUGCCAGUAGCUCAACCUCCUAUCAAACUGAAUUAUCGCAUCGAAUCUCCUCCUUUAGUUCUGUAUGGAAAUCAUAACGAGUCUACUGGAGCAUUGCUAUGUGGUAUUUUCGAUCUCGAGGUUGUACAAGCAGCACCGUUUGCUAUGGAAAAUGUAUAUAUGGGUGUGUAUCAAAAGGUCCGAAUUACUCACAACGCAGCCACUAAAACUACGCCAUCUUCACCUCCUCAUGGCCAUCAAUCAUCAUCAUCAUCAGCGAAUUCCGAUCCCAAUGUAGGUCCUACAUUUGUCACCACCCUGCCCGAUCAUUCUAGAACCUGUUCUGACUGUACAUCCAAGACCACCGAGCUGGCUCGCUGGGAUAUCUUAACACAGCCAGCUUCUCUUCCCAAAUCUGUACAUGGAUACCCAUUCUCGCAUUUGCUGCCUGGAUCAUUGCCAGCAUCAUCUAAGAACUCUGUAUUCACUGUUGAAUACUAUUUAAAGGCCGUAGCCACUCCAACUGACAAGCGCAUUCCUCCUUUUGUGCUGGAGUUACCUCUUCAGAUCAAGCGUUCGAUCAUUGGCGGCCCUGACCGUACUUCAGUAAGAGUGUUCCCACCAACCGAACUCAGUGCCACUGUCAACCUACCAGCCGUGAUUCAUCCCAACUCGACAUUCAACUUUGAAUUGUUAUUAGAAGGAGUAUCUGGCAGUAGUGCUAAUAAAUCGUCACGCUGGAGAAUGCGCAAAAUCAAUUGGCGUGUUGAUGAGACUGUGAAAAUGAAAUCGCAUCUAUGUGAUUCGCACCAUCGAACCGACGAAGAAGACCCACUUAUCGAGGAUGUUCGAGUGUUGAAUUUUGGCGAGAUCAAAGGCGGUUGGAAGACUGAUUUUACCGGGACUGGCAAGAUCGAGCUGUCAGCACAAGACUUCUCAACACAUACACUUGCCGGAGUCUGUUGUAACGUCGACGACCCUACACUUGGUCUGACUGUCACACACACUCUUGUCAUGGAACUAGUCAUCUCUGAAGAAGCAUUUCAGCACAAAUCGGCCCGUCAUUCUGUGCCCACCGGAGCAGCCCGAGUCCUGAGAAUGCAGUUCAACCUUCUCGUAACUGACCAUUCUGGACUUGGAAUUGCAUGGGACGACGAAGUGCCACCCGUGUACGCCGACGUGCCACUGAGUCCUCCGGAAUACAACAACGUCGUAGCCAACCUGCCUCGAUUCGAAGAAAUGACCCCCAGCAGUCUCGCGGUCGGUCAGGGCAUCAAUUCGUCCAUGCCGCUCUGCUCCCCCUCACUCAUGAGCAUCGUCACGACCCGCUCGAACCACUCGAGCUCGUCCAACGACGACGACAUCGUCUUAUAA